AUGACAUCCAAUCUCACUCUCAACCUCACCGCCCGCGAGCAGGAGCUGCUCAAGGCCGUCGGAUCAUACCUGCAGACCGCCUCCGUAUGUGGCUUGAUUAAUAUCCUUCAAUUCAAUGCCGGAUUCAUGCUGACAAUACCUUCCGUAGGUCGACUGGGCUAAGACCGCCGAGAAGUGCAAUUACAAGACGCCGAAAGCCGCGCGCGACAAGUGGUAUCCACUGCGCGACAAGCUUUUCGAUGCCAUGACUUCCGAUCUCACUCUCACUGCCCGCGAGCAGGAGUUGCUCAAGGCCGUCGGAGCUUACCUGCAGACCGCCUCCGUAAGUGGCUCAAUCAAUUUCCAUCAAUUCAAUGCCGGAAUUAUUCUGACAACACCUUCUGUAGGUCGACUGGGCCAAUGCCGCCGAGAAAUGCAACUACAAGACGCCGAAAGCCGCGCGCGACAAGUGGUAUCCAUUGCGCGACAAGCUUUUCGGUGCCAGCGGGGAUUCCAACGACGCACCAAAGGCAAAGGCGAUGUCACGCAAGCGCAAGGCCGGUAUGGUUCAUUCGUCCUAGUACAAUCCCGAAUUCGCACUGACCGACUUGACAGCCAGCGGCCAGACUACACCAAAGAAGAAGGCGAAGAAGGCGAAGAAGGCUGCCGCGUAG